AUGGCACCUCCUGCGACCGAUUCGAGUCCGCUGUCGGAGGCGCCGUCGUCACCCCUCAGUGCUCCGCCGUCACCGGUCAAGGCUCCCACUCCUGAGCUUGAGCCUCCACUCAGAGCACCGUCACCCGACAUCGGUCUGCCCGCGUCUGCGUCAGAGCACGAGCCGACGUCUGAGGCUCAUCAGGCCCAGCCUGGACCUCAGGCACCGCCACCAAAGAUCCCCAAGAUUAAGCUGCGUGCCCCUAGAGCCAAGAAGGGCGCUCCCGAGCCACCUGCGGACAAUGAACCGGCUGCUGAUGCACCGAAGCGUCGUCGAGGACGGUCCUCGCGCAAUGCUGCCGAGCCCGAACCUGAGAAGGAGCUUCCUCCUCUCCCAGCAGACUCCGCCACUGCUCCCACUGAAGAGACGGAGAAGCCAGAGGACGACAACAUGCCGGCGAAGAACGACCCCAACGAUGACCAUGAAGCACCGAAAGUGUCCUCGUCUAAGAGACGACGGAUCGUAGACUCCGGCGACGAGGAUGAUGAGGACGAAGCACCUAAGGCUCGCUCUAAGCCUCAGAAGAAGAAAGCUACGUCCCCGUCCCCCGAGGCUGAGGAGCCCAAGCCGCCUGCGAAGAAGAGGAAGCCGAAAGCUCUCGGCGCAGACGCUGCGGCUAGCAAGUCAUCUACGUCAGUCGGUGGAGAUGAUGGACAAGACGGUUCAGCGAAGCAGGAGGAGAAGGAUAAGGCAGAGGAGAAGGAGAAGGACAAGACGCAGCCGAAGAAGCGACCACUUGCGGAGAAGGAGAAGGGCGGUUCUUCCAUCAAGCGACCCAGCGCUUCCACACCUACAGCCGUCGGUGGCACACCCAAGUCGGCUGCCGGAACUCCCGUCCACAAACCUAUACCUCCUAAGCCAGCCCCGAGACAAAGUCUGCUGGCAUCGACCUUGUCCAAGCUCAGCAAGGCGCCGGCUGACGCAGCCAAGUCCAAGGCACCUGACGCAGAAGCCCAGGUGAAGGAACGCCCGAGGGCAGGCGCUUGGACGGAGGAGUUUGUUUUGACACCUGAGCAGAAGUCGCAGUAUGCGGCUUCGACGGUCAACCGAAAGCGCGACGAGGCCGAGCGCGCAAAGGGUUGGGCGCACCCGCUCAAUCUGCAGGAGGCCAAGGAUGCGUACCGUGCGGACUCGGUUAAUGCGUCACAUCGAGCGGUACAGGUGCAGGGCGCCAUGGGAAUCGUGACGACCAGCAUGCCAUCGAGGAUGGUCGCCUGGGUGCUGGCGAACAAGUGA